AAUUCGAGUUGACGCUUUCAAAAAUGUCAUCCUGGAACUUUUGCAGCCGGAAAAGGAACUGAACACGAGGUGAAAUUAGGGUAAUAUUGGGCUAUUGAAAUGAGCGCGAAAGAGAGUCUGGCGCUGCAACUGGCGGAUCCGCAGCUGGCCAAGCUGACCAGCGAAUCGGAGGAGAUCCGCUUGCGCGCGCUCGAGCAGGUUGAGACGCGGUUCAUCCGGUGCCUGCAGUUGGACGAGCACAUCCAGUUCAAGCCGGUGCUGCUGCUCAAGCAGCUCAUCCGCUGGUUCGGGCACACUCCUCCACUGGCCGCCGACCGGGUGCUGGCCAUAAUCCUGGAGCUGCUGCGCUCGGAGUACGGCGAGACGGUGGUCCGCAAGAUUCCCUACGCGCGACUGAAGACGGAGCUGGAGAAGGUGCGUCGCGUGCUUCGGGACUUGAACUCCAAGCGGGUCACCGAACUCCUGGACGACCUGCAGCUGCUGCUGCUCCAGAAGUACAAAAUGGACCUGGCUACGCCGUCCAUCUCCAGCCUCAGUGCGAUCGACCUGACUAGCCAGACUAACCAGAGCCAGGGAAACGAAUCCGUGGCGAGCGGCAUCGACCAGUUGCUGGCCAAUCUCAAGCCGGAGGACUUCGAGACCGCUUGGACGCGUCCGUGCCUGGACGAUGUGGCCAGCAUGACGAGCAUGAUCGAUAUGCCGCGCGUUGGCGCCAUGAGUGUGCUGGAGCUACAAGUGCAGCUAACCCAUCUGACCAUCCGGAUGGGCGACUAUCCGGCCGAGUACUUCCUACAGUCGCCGUACAUAUUCCUGCACCUUGUGCAUCUGCAAAACCGGAAUGAUGGCAGCCUGUUGUACGUCAACCGGGCACUCAUUGAAUGCUUGAAGCAGCUACAGCGUCGUAUCCAGCUGCAACACAAUACCCUAAGCUAUGCGGCCAGCCUGGAUCCACCGGCCACGCGGCCCCAACAGCUGAGGGUGAGCAGCGCCUUGGGCGUGCUGCUGGUCAACUGCACCAAGCUGAUCUCCCCGCUGCUGUUUUGCCCCACGAAUGACAACUGGCACAUCCUAGAGCUGAGCAUGGAGUGCGUCCGCACUUAUGACGUUCUUGGCUCCCGAGCCUUAGACUUGGGCAAUUUGCGCAUCGCAAAGAUAUCGAAGCAGCUGGUCACCUACAACAACAGUCUGGAGGGCAGUGACCUGAACAAGCUUGUGGACACAAUGGUGGUUUCCCGCCUGCAGUCGCUGAUCUUCCACGGCCUGCUGAAGGACACGGUCAUCCUGAGUCUCAACUACGACAAGCAGAUGGACCAGACGCACGCCAAGUCCCUCAUCAAACGCAUCAUUUGGGACAGCUCCAACCUGUCCUGCCAGCCCGAUCGCGUGAAGUCACUGAGCGGUGUCAUCCGCCUCCUGUCCGCGGAGCCCUCGUUGGAGGAGCAGCACUUGAUCAAGCUAAAGCGGUGCUACAGCCUGGCCCUCAACCAGUUGCGGCCGAACACCAGAAUGGGUGCGGUGCAGCUGAUCCAAGUGCAUCGGCAGGUGUGCAUGGUGGUCGACCAACUGGGCAGUGAGACGCUGGUGAAGCAGCUCUUCGACGCCGUCGUGGAGUGCACACCCCUCUACGCGGGCGAUCCGAAGUUGAGAGAGGACGCGGAGAAGUUGAUAUUUAUACUGAUGCAUUUGCCGGACCCACAUCUCCGUGGCUUCGUGUAUCGCCUGAUGCCGCGACCCGUGGUGUCGCAUUUCCAUGCCUUCAUGAACAAGACGGUCUACAUGACGGGCUGCAGCAACUUGGAGCUGGUGCGCCAUCACAUCCUCGGACUGCCACUCAACACCCAGAUACUGCAGGGCCUGAUUCUGCAGAGUAUGGAGGCCGAUGCUCCGGAACAGGUGCGGCAGUGGUGCAUCGACUAUCCCAUAAUGCUGCUCAAGCUGAGCUGCCUGCUCAAUGCGACGGACUUCGGCACAGUGUUCCAGCUGAUUCUGCCCGUGCUGCCCCUGCUGAUCUGCAAGUCGGUUUCGUACAAGCAGUUGCACAAGCUGAUCUGGGAGCUGUUCGAGCCGGACACUAGCCCCCUGGAUCCGACACUGAUGCUGCGUGGCUACGUUUACUACAUGUUCCAUCCGGACUCCCAGUUGAGAAGCGAUGCCGCUACCAGGAUCGCAUUCGUGUUGCAAUGUCAGGACUACACGAAGAAAUACAAGCCAACCAUGAACCAGGUUCCGAUUGAGAUGCUUGCGAACGAUUUCUGCCUGAUCCAACCGCCGGUGAACUAUAGCAGCAUCUUUGAUGACCACACCGAUGAGCCGUUCCAGGGACAGCGCAGCUUGGAUGCCCUCAUCCGAUUGCUGCAGACCAAGGACCUGAGGCCCCCCAUCAGGAAGUCCACGAUGAUUCAGUUAAAUGUGUUGCUGCAAAACUGGAAGGCUUGCGAUGACUUCGCCACGAAGGAGGAUGGAUACCGACUGCUUUUGGAGACGCUGCACAAUGCCCUGAAGAAGGAGAGUGCCAACGAUCCGGCAGAUGUUCUCCUGCCCGCCGUGAGUAUCCUGAUGAAGCUGCUGCUGCACGAUGCUGGAUUCCGUCAGGAGGUCGCGAACACCUUCGAGGUGUAUGUGUGUCUGCUGCGCGCCUUGUACAUGCUGCCCCAUGAGACGCAGUUGCGCCAGGACGUCAGCAUCUGCCUGUUCCAGAUGCUGUUCCACAAUUACAUCAACUCCCAGGAGGGCCAGUUAGUGCUGGACGUAGAACUGGGUCCCAUGAUUCUGCCCGUCACAUACGAAGUGAACGACUCACCCCCCGCCACUGUUGCGACGGAGGGAAUCGCGUUGCAGGAACACCUGGAGAACACCCAUUUCGGAGGAGACAAGGAAAGAGCUGCCCACCACUGGCGCCUGUACAUGGCCCACUGCAUUCGCCAGUGUCAGGCGAGCAUCACAUUGGAGGCUAUGCGAAAUCUGGACAUCAGGGACUGCCUCAAGAUGAAUGUGCACGAUUUGGCUUUGGAGCAGGCCUCCGACUUGGACUUACAGCUUGGACGCCAGCUCACUGCAGCCGGUAACUGCAGCAGCCACGAGGAUCUGCAACAGAUCGUGACCAUCAUUCAGAUGUUCCUCAUGCUCAUGCGCAGCGCCAUUCCGCAAAAGAUGGGCGAGCGUUUGUGGAAGCUGGUCCACAAGUACAUCCGCCUGGCGCCGGGCAACGAUGCGGAUCGUGAGCUCUACAAGUACUUGCUGGAACUGUGCCUCACCUGUCUGCGCCACCGCCAGCCCCAGGUGAUGAGUGGACUGAGCAAGGCCCUCGAGACGGAUCACCAUCAUAGCUUCCAUCUGCAGUUGCACGAUCGCCUCAUUCCGCUGGAAACUCUGCACCUGAUUAGCCAGUGCCUGGUGCAACUCUUGUCCGCCGAGUGCCAUGGGGUCACCAUGAACUGGCAUGGCAAGCUCUUCAUGCAGCUGAGCCUGUUGGCCAAGACGCACUUCGAGCUGCGCCAGCUGCAGCAUGUGCGCUGCGUGCUCAGCAUCCUGCGGCACUUGAGCGAGCGGCAGCUAAGUCUCAGCGCUGUUCAGCUGAUGCAAUAUUGCCAGCACUUUAUACAGCUGUCCAGCGAUUUGAGGACCUCGACGCAUACCGGAUCGCAGUGGCAGCGGGAUUGCCUGCACAUCAUUUGCCAGCUGCACAUGCACAAAUCGCGGCUUUCCGCCAAGACCAAUUCCACAGACGAUGCCGGAGUGGCGAAGAAGGUGUUGCGCUAUUUGCUCGGCUUGUGCGGGCACAGCGAUGGCGAAGUGCGUGCGUUGGCAUGGGUUUCGAUGGCCAACUGGAUAACCAGCUGUGGCGCCAGCAUGGCCAGCAUACUGCCCAGCCUGGACUUUCUACCUGGCGGCCUGCCAGCCUGCUGCUUGACCACGCUCCUGGAUAUCCACGAAGUGAUGCUGGUCAGGGAGCUGGCCGGACGCGUCUUCAUUCUGCUGAUGCCGACCAUUGGCGCCGAGGCUAGCAUCGAACUGUUGCGCAACCAUGACUUUCUGAAGGACGCCUACAAUGCGCUGCGAGUCCUGCACGUGGCACCCUGCAUUACCAAAGAGGCGGCGGGGGAGCAGCAUUCGUGUGAGAUAGUCGGCUGCUUUGUGGCCAUCUGCAUUCAGAUGGUGGACCUCAAGCCGGAGUGGUGCGCCACGCUGUGCGAGCAUAGCUUUAUGAGCGGUCUCAGUGAUGUGAUGAAGACGCCAACGCCAACGCCACCGCCAACGGCACCGCCAUCGCCACCGCCAGCAGUCUCCUCGCUUCCCUUCCUGGAAUUGUGUGUAGGACAAAUAUGCCAGUUGUACGCCUUGUGCCACCGCGACAACUUUGAGUUCCUGCAGAGGACCAUUUGCCGCGAUUCCGUCCUGCUGCAGAGCUUUCUGUCGCUGACCAACAAUGUGCUGAACCUGGAAAGUCCCGAACGCCUGUUGGUUCAGCUGUUCAAGUUGUUUCUGGUAUUCAGCAAGGACCCCAAUGCGAGUGCCUUCCUGGACGAGCAGUUAAGGAGUUGGCCGGCCCUGUUCCUGGAUUUCUUCCUCUACGGAUUGCAUAUGUCAUUCAUCAACACUACCUUACAGCGCUACACCCUCUCGGCACUGUCCAUGGUGUUCAUCAAGGCGCACAAUGUUCCGGAGACGGAUAGCUUGAUAAGGGAGCUGGAACGAUAUGAAUUGAAAAUGGAUGAAAUUUUGUCGUUUGAAGAGGAGGAGUUGGCAGAUGGCAAGGACGAAAUGAUAUCGAUGAAAAAGCAACUGUUGUCGUGGUUCAUGCAGUCAGACGCAGGGGGUGAUGCACAGAUCCCAACGGCUGACAUCAAAGCCAGCAAUGCAGCGGUGCUACUUUACCACCGCCUGGAUGCGCUCUUCGACCGCCAUUACCCGCCCAGGACCUUCCAUUUUCUCCAAGCACCUGGAGCAAAUCAUGUGCAGAUUUGUGAGACAUUCGGCGGGCUGCUGAAGAUCUCACCGUGUGCUGUGCAGGCGGCCGGGCAAAUGAUGCUGCUGGAUCGAGUGAUUCACCUACUGGAGACCUUUCUGGACGACCCCGUCGUCGGCAAUGCCUGCGUCUAUGUGAAGCGAGUGGGAGCCCACAAGUCGCGCGAUAUCCUGAGCAAUCUCCUGCUGCUGAUCAAUAUGUUGGGUCAGUGGCACAGUUCGCAUCAUGCUGUGAUCACCCAGCCCGCUAUGGCCGCCACUCUUGUCCGAAUCCUCAUCCGCAUUUGGCCUUGGCUGUCGCAUUCGCCGCACUUGAAAGAGAUCACCGUCACGCUGAUCAUGUUCCUUACGGAGCACUCCUUCGAGAUGUGCAAACAGACUUCGCUGCUUACCUCCGGGCAGUCGCAUUCCCUGCUCCAAUUGAUGGUUCGCGUGGCUGACUUCGAAACGACCAGGAAAGAGACCCCCAACAGGGAGCCAAAUCAAAGUGUGGUGCCCGCGCUGAGGGCAAUGGCAAAUUGCUGCUCCUGUGCCGAGGGUCGGCUGAGUCUGGCCAAAAUGCAUGUGGUGGACAUGUUCGAUACGAUUCUCCCGGAAAAUCCAUCGGCCGCUCACGCCACCAAAGUACGACCGGUCGUUUUGAUAGCUUGGCUGGGAUUCUGGGAGGUAUUCUCCCGCUAUGAUGUCGGAUCCAAGGCUUGCCAUCUUCAUGCCCUAGUCAACACCAUUCGACGCUCAACACCAUUGAGCACAAAGAGGAUCCUGUGCCUUCGUAUCCUUCGCAACAUGUCCUUCUUCAACAGCAACCGCAGCCAGCUGGUGGAACAAUCCGACUUCAUUAACCUGCUGCGUGAUAUUUUGAUCCAACCAGUGGAGAAAAAGGCACAAGCUGGUGAAAAUGCUUUGGACUCGUUCGCAGAGCACUGCUUGGCCGUACUAAUGCUGUGGAAACUCUUCGGAUUCGGGGCCAAGUACAAGGGCAUGCUGCGAGGCACCAAGCUAUACAAAGUACUCAUUGGUCUCCGGGUGGAUUUGUCCGAUGUUUAUGCCGAUAAUCCGCAUAAAUUCUCCGACGUUCCAUAUGCAAAAGAUCUCGCCAAGUUGCUGGAAAAUCUUGCUGAGUCGAUGCGACAAUAGACGUAGACAAUAGAUUGGAUGGACAUAAACUGACCAAGUACAAAUAAAUAGGAUAGCUAUAAAGAAAUUGUUUUUUUUUUUUUAUAUAAUGUGUAUUUUGAUUGAUUUUAAUAUGUAUUUUGUAACCACCAUCUUUUGUUGUAAGAAGUCUUAAAGAAUUCGAAGUCUACACGAUGUCCUUCCUAAGUAUUAACAUUGUACACCUCUCUAAUCGGGUUUCUCAACUGUAAAUCGAUCGAUGUGUCAUUAAACUACCUUAAAACAUUGCGAA